GGAGGGAGCCAGCGUGCGGCGCUCGCUUCUCCUGCCGCCGCCCUCUCCGGCUGCGCCCACCCACAGGCGGGGGAGACACCGGCAGAGAGGCUCCCCCUCCCCUCCUUGCUCUGGGGGCAUCGCAAGCACCAGCGGGCUCCUGAGCGCUGCCGCCUCCCGGGCGCGCAGAGCGGCGGGGGCCUGAGCUGAAGCGUCUCCUCCCCCGCCGCUCAGCCCCGGAGUUUCCCCGGGCGGGGGCGCGGAGGGGGGCUGCCCACAGCUCAAUGCUGCUGCUCCGAGAUGCUGCACGCCCAGCUCCCGGCCGGAGGGGGGUAGCAGCUUCUGCCGCCAGCUCCUUCCUCCGCAAGGGCUGCUGCUGCGAGAGACUCGGGCACCACCUCCUCCCCACCAUGGGGCUGCUGCCGCUGGAGUGAGCGAGCGGAGGGCACGGCUCGCUGCCUGCAUGGAUGGAUGUGUUCAGCUUUGUGAAGAUUGCAAAGCUCUCAGGCCUAAAAACCAAUGCACAGAGCAAGGAGCCUGCACUUGAAAAUUUUCUCCAUACUGCAUCGAGUGAUUACAUGGAGUCAGAUGCCCCUUUUGGGUGAGGUACAGGCAUCAUCUCGCAUCUCUGUGGGAUAUUUUAAGAAGAACACUCACUGAUCACAGUAAGAAAAAGCCACAGGACCAAGUCUUCAGGUUGGCCACAUCCUUCAGGAACCUGGAGCUUGAACCAGGGCCCACCCUAUGGAUGGGAGAUGACGACAAACAGAGAUGGGAGAGACUACUUCAUCAAUCACAUGACACAAUCGGCCACAUUUGAAGACCCUCGAAUAGAGAGCUGCCAAAUCACCCCUCCAGCCCCUCGGAAAGUGGAAAUGAGGAGGGAUCCUGUGCUGGGAUUUGGUUUUGUGGCUGGCAGUGAAAAGCCAGUUGUUGUACGCUCAGUAACACCAGGCGGCCCCUCUGAAGGAAAACUUAUACCAGGAGAUCAGAUCAUAAUGAUUAAUGAUGAGCCAGUCAGCACUGCUCCAAGGGAGAGAGUCAUCGACCUUGUCAGAAGCUGCAAAGAAUCGAUCCUCCUGACUGUUGUUCAACCUUACCCAUCUCCUAAAUCAGCAUUUAUCAGUGCUGCAAAAAAGGCAAGAUUGAAGUCCAACCCGGUCAAAGUACGCUUCUCCGAAGAGGUCAUUAUCAAUGGCCAGAUUUCAGAAACUGUUAAGGACAAUUCACUUCUCUUCAUGCCAAAUGUACUGAAGGUAUAUCUUGAAAAUGGGCAAACCAAAUCCUUCCGUUUCGACUGCAGUACUUCAAUAAAGGAUGUCAUCUUAACACUCCAAGAAAAGCUUUCCAUCAAGUGUAUUGAACACUUUUCAUUGAUGCUGGAGCAGAGGAUUGAAGGAGCUGGAACCAAAUUUCUCUUGCUCCAUGAACAGGAGACUCUAGCUCAGGUGACCCAGAGACCAAGCUCCCAUAAGAUGAGAUGUUUGUUCAGAAUCAGCUUUGUCCCAAAGGAUCCCAUUGACCUUUUAAGAAGAGAUCCAGUUGCUUUUGAAUAUCUAUAUGUACAGAGCUGCAAUGAUGUGGUUCAGGAGAGGUUUGGACCUGAGCUGAAAUAUGAUAUUGCUCUGCGGCUGGCUGCAUUACAAAUGUACAUUGCGACUGUGACCACCAGACAAACUCAGAAAAUCUCCCUCAAAUAUAUUGAAAAAGAAUGGGGAUUAGAGACUUUUCUUCCAUCUGCUGUGCUGCAAAGCAUGAAAGAAAAGAACAUAAAGAAAGCACUUUCACACCUUGUCAAAGCAAAUCAAAACCUAGUUCCUCCGGGUAAAAAGCUGUCUGCUCUGCAAGCCAAGGUGCAUUAUCUCAAGUUCCUCAGCGAUCUGCGAUUAUACGGGGGGCGUGUGUUCAAGGCAACAUUAGUGCAAGGAGAAAAGCGUUCAGAAGUGACUUUGUUAGUAGGGCCACGCUAUGGUAUCAGCCACGUGAUCAACACCAAAACGAACUUGGUGGCCCUGCUAGCAGACUUUAGCCAUGUUAACAGGAUUGAGAUGUUUACAGAAGAUGAGAGCACCGUUAGAGUUGAGCUCCAUGUCUUAGAUGUAAAACCGAUUACUUUGAUAAUGGAAUCAUCAGAUGCAAUGAACCUUGCCUGUUUAACAGCGGGAUACUAUCGACUACUGGUUGAUUCAAGGCGCUCAAUAUUUAACAUGGCCAACAAGAAAAAUGCAGGAUACCGAGAAACAGGAAAUGAAAAUAGAGGGAAGUAUAACCUCCUUGCUUCUGAGUGGAACUGUGUCCCAAAAACUACUACAUUCAUGGCUGAAGGGGAUCAAGAAGCCCAAAGAACAUUUGUAGACCCAAAACAGAAGACUCCAGAAGUUUCCGAAAGCCCCAUGUGUCAAAAAGACCACAGGCAUCUGUACUUAGAAAAUACCCAUAAUUCAGGUGGACUCGAUCAGGGGCUGACCAAACAAGAUGACUCCACUGAGGCAGGAGAAAACAGAAGUUUAAACCAGCAGUCAUUACUGUCACUCUCAGGACUGGAAUCUACCAAGAAAGCACAGGAUUCUCCAAGGGGAGCAAAAGUAUCCUUUAUAUUUGGAGAUCACAGCUUGGAUGGUAUCAGUCCCCAAACCCUUGGCUAUGAAAGACUUCUGGAUGAAAGUCCAGAAGUAUUGGACAAACAGAGAGCUAUUUAUAUUAGUAGUACCAAUGACAUUAAAGGUCUAGAAUUGUCUCCAGAUGUUGAAAGCAUUCAGUUUGCUACAAAUUCUGUUUAUGCAAGCAUAAACGAUGGCAAAAUAUUUGGAGCUGCAGAAGGGAUAGAAGAGCCCUUGUUGCAUGACAUUUGUUAUGCGGAAAACACAGAUGAUGCUGAAGAUGAAGAUGAAGUUAGCUGUGAGGAGGACAUUAUGGUAGGAGAAAUCAGUAGACCUACCAUUCUCAGUCUUUCUGGUUCAAGUGAUGAUAUUAUUGAUUUGACAUCACUCCCCCCUCCGGAAGGUGAUGAUAAUGAAGAUGACUUCUUAUUACAUUCUUUAAACAUGGCCAUUGCUGCUCCUCCACCUGGCUUCAGGGACAGUUCAGAUGAGGAAGACUCUCAGAACCAAACAACACAGUAUACAGAAGACAAGGAGCAAGCUAGUAAUCUAGGAAAUGAUGACAUUCCAGUGUCGCUCAUUGAUGCUGUCCCUACUAAUCCUGAGGGGAAGUGUGAGAAGGGGCUAGAUGAUGCUGUAGUCUCCACUCUUCAAGCACUAGAGGCUUUGGCUGCUUCAGAGGAACAGCAGACGAAUGACAAUUCAGGUGUAGCAAUCUUGCGAGCAUAUAGCCCUGAGUCAUCCUCAGAUUCUGGCAAUGAAACAAACUCUUCUGAAAUGACUGAAAGUUCUGAACUAACCGCAGCACAGAGACAGUCAGAAAACUCAACACGUAUGUUUUUGACCACUAGUGAAGGUUACCAACCCCUUGUGGAAGAGCAAACAGAGUUCCCCAUUGCUAAGAAUCAGGCUGGAGGACCACUUGCGAAAUCCUCACAGUCAAUAGCUGGUCACCAAGCUGCUGAGCUACAGUCAAAAGUUGUGCCUUCGAAGCCGAUUCUUCAUUCAGACAAUAUGGAAAUGGAACCAGAGACCAUGGAGACAAAAUCUGUCACUGACUAUUUUAGCAAAUUGCAGAUGGGGUCUUUGGUAUACUCUUGCACUAGUAAAAGGAAAAAUAAGAUGACUGAUGGAGAAGUGAAAGCAGCCUGUGAUGGUAAUGCUGCUGUGAAAAAGCAUCAGGGAACUAAAAAAGCCGAGACUGAUGCAGCCCUAAAAGCUAUAUGUGGUACUCUUCCAUCAAGAGACGGUCAACGCAAAAGCACUUGUAGUGUGGAGAGAGCUGCCUUUCGCCAAAGAUGGUAUGCUGCUGCCGAUGGUGAAGCUGCCGGUAAAUCAAGCUCAGAAAUGGUGAAUGGGAAGACAUUUCCAAGAGUUUCUGGUCUUGGUAAAACAGAUACUGGCUCUAAGAAUGAAGUGGAUCCUGACGUUGAUGAGGGUGAGACUUCAGCACUUGGCCCAGGUGAAAACUUUUUGUCUGAUAUGACUGUGUCUUCAGCCAAAGACCUAAAUGACUCAGAAGAUGCAGAUGACCAUUCUUCAAAGCUACCGGAUGCUGAGCAGAGUGUGAGUAGACUUUGUGACUAUCACUUGACCAAGCGCAUGUCGUCUUUGCAAAGUGAGGGUCAUUUUUCUCUGCAAAGCUCCCAGUGCUCUUCAGUGGAUGCGGGAUGCAGCACAGGCAGUAGCCCAUGUGCUACCCCCGUCGAAUCUCCUCUUUGUCCCUCUGAUGUUAAGCACAGGAUCUCAGAUUCAUCUGUGAAAGGAACUGGCUAUGUUCCAGCAGAUGAAAGAGUUGUCAUCCUUCCAAACCAUGGAACCACGUACAAGGAACUACAUCAGCAGUCAGAAGCUGUGUGUCACAGAAUGACAAUGCCUGCCAUUCAUUCAGCAGUUAAUGCUGAACCACUGUUUGGCACUUUGAGAGAUGGAUGUCAUCGGAUCCCCAAGAUUAAAGAAACUACAGCUUUCACAGAGCCUGGAAAGGGAAGACGAGGGGGCAUACCUUCAGCUUUUCCUAAACAGCCUCUAACUGACUCCAUCAUGCUAUCAUCCAACAUUCACUCAGAAUCAAAGGUGCCAAGUCAAAAUCAAGACUCUUGUGACAUUCCUAAAGUAAAACAGGGAUGUGGGGCAGCAGUUAGUUUAUGGCCAUGUGAAGUGAUGGGAGGAAGCCUCAGAAUGCCACCCAGCAGGAAAGUAUUGAGACACAGCAGCAGCAGCAUCUUUGCAGGGUCCACAGGCACUGAGAUGCUUCUUGAGAAGAAAAAGGCUGCAGUCAGUCUGAAGUGUCUAGACAUUGUGGCAAGAGAUGAUUCCAAGUCAGAAAAAAAGGUGGAACUCCCUCUGGGCAGAAAGUUAUCCAAAAGCUAUUCUCAGAGUUCUAUGAAUGUCAGCACUGAUGUCAAAGACAAUAAAAGGUCUUCAGUCACCAGCUCCAUGCAGAAGGACUCCAAACAGUACAGAAUGUUGCCCUUACGAAAGUCAGAUGCCAGCAACUGGAGAUGCCAUGGCCCCUUCAGCUAUUGUUUCCUAAGCAGAGGAAAUGACAAUGAGGAUGAUGAAUAUGAUGGAGACAACAACCACCUCUCAUGCCUCUAUGAACCACAGAUACCGUGUGAGUUACCAGAACCAGCCAGUCAGUCUUUUUCCAUUGAAAAUGAGAAGAAAGCUGUUGAGUCCCCCAAACAGAUACUAAAUAGUAUACAUGACAAGAGCAAUGCUGAAGACCAAGGUGGCCAAACUGAUAUGAAUCUCAGUGACAUGGCCUUUGAGGCACAAAUCACAAGAAUAAACGUGAUGAAAGAGAAAAUGUAUGCAAUGCCUGAUGGAUUUCUUGCAGCACAAAAGGAUGCCAAUGAGCUGCUCUCUCUGGUCCGAGCAAGUGUGGGGAAGAGGGAAGAUUUACAUCCGGAAACAUAUGACCUUAAACUUUCUCAGUACAAACAACUGUUAUCUAUAGAAUCGAGACAGUUGGGAAGUGCCUGCAGGAAAAUGGCCAUGGCUGAUAAAAGCCCCGAGGAAAUGCUUCUAGCUAUGACUUCCAGCUUUCAAGUGCUCUGUUGCUUAACAGAAGCCUGCAUGCGUUUAGUGAAAGUCAUGAACUCUGAAACACAGCAGCAGGAAAUUAUAGCUAAAAUAGAUGAGGUCGUAAUAAACUACGUUUGUCUUCUGAAAGCUGCAGAAGCAGUGUCAGACAAGACCUCCGAUGAUCCUAGCAUUAAACUCUUGGCUCGACAUUCGACUACCAUGGCCGCUAUUGUAAGCACACUAACACGUUCUCUUAAAACACUUUUAAACAAAUAAAAUACAAACGUCACUUCAUAAUCUACCUUUGCGAAGCCAUACAUAAAACCUUUUGUUUACUGUAUGUGUAUGAACUAAUGUAACAAACUCAGCUCCCUCUAUCUGUAUAUUUUGUUAUUUUAUAAAAAAUAAGUAUGCGAUUGAAAAAAAAACAGUUCUACUACCGAACAUUGACAAAGUACUGGCCAGAUCUAUCCUUCUGUUUAUAUUUUAAAUAAAAUGACAAAAAAACAAACAAAAAAAAUCAAAGAAUCCCACAAAAGCAUAUUGACGUUUGGCUAUUUUUCAUAUAGUCAAAUAUACAGGUGUAAGAUGUGAGCUUUUAAAGCCUGUGAUGUCAGAGGAAUUGUUUCCUGUUCCCUCCGAAUUUCCAUUUGGAGAACAUUACAUCCACAUUUAGAAAUAAGAAAUGGAAUCAUAAUGUAUAUAACACAGUAUUUAAUGUUUUAAAAUUAUAAUUUUUAAGCAUUGGAAAUAGCAAAAAGACAUUUAAAAUCCAAGAGACUAUUAUGACUUACUAGAGAAUAUAUAUAUAAUAAAUAACUCUUUUGUUCAUA